AUGGAAGAAGUUGGGGUUGAAGGGCCCUGUUUUGGCCGGACCGAGGUGAUAGACAACACCCUGAACCCAGACUUUGUCCGGAAGUAUAUCUUGGACUACUUCUUUGAGGAGAAGCAGAAUCUUCGCUUCGACUUGUAUGAUGUUGACUCCAAAAGUCCUGACUUGUCCAAACAUCCCUCGGAGCUCGACGAUUUUUUAGGUCAGGCAUUCUGCACUCUAGGAGAGAUUGUUGGAUCGCCAGCUAGCCGACUGGAGAAGUCUUUGGGAGGGAUCCCUGGGAAGAAAUGUGGCAGCAUCAUCCUGUCUGCAGAGGAGCUGAGCAACUGUCGAGACAGCGCCACCAUGCAGUUCUGUGCCAACAAGUUGGACAAGAAGGACUUCUUUGGCAAGUCAGACCCCUUCAUGGUCUUCUACAGGAGCAAUGAGGACGGAACCUUUACUAUCUGCCAUAAAACAGAGGUGGUGAAGAAUACUCUGAACCCGGUGUGGCAGUCCAUCACUAUCCCAGUGAGGGCCCUCUGCAACGGAGACUACGACAGAACAAUCAAAGUGGAGGUCUAUGACUGGGACAGAGAUGGAAGGUGA